UGCAAAAAUUGCAAUUAUAUGACAUCACUAAUUUAUAUGAUUUUUCAGUUUCGCAUUUCUCUGAUUGAUUCAAAGAGGUCACGUAUAUUCUUCACUAAUACCAACUGAAAUACAGCUCAGAAGCGACAGGGAUCUACCUAAUGGAAACCAAAUUUGGGAGGGGAUGCCAGAUCAAAUUAUCUGCAGCGCUUUUAUUACAUUUACUUUUACACAAUUUGAAUUAUACUGACCAUACUGAUCACAAACUUUCUGGAUUAUUCAAGCCUAUAGCGUUCCGCGUUUGUAGCCAGGGUUUUAGUCAGGCUAAAUUGGCACUUUUAGUAAGUUAUCUUGACGCUGUUAGCAAAAAUUUAUCAUCUGGUUGAUCGAAUUCUUAAAGUAUUGUCAGUUUGAACGAAAAAAACCUUAAAUCUACUCCAAUUACCUUACGUCAUCUUACGCUGGAUUUGAUUUUCAGUUCUGCCUAAUAUGAAUUGCUUAAGCCCUGAAACAGAAUAGGGAGCUGGAUAAUCCCGGAAAAACAGAUAACUAAUUUACCAAAUAUUAUCGCCGGAGUCAUGUCAGUCGUUAAGCAGUUCGAUAAUUUUUGAAAAUGAUCUUACCGAAAUCUUGACCAGUUACUCUCUAAAUGCCAAUCUUAAAAAGGACUACAGACUUCUUUGAAAACGGAAAAAAACUCGAUGAAAAAUAUAACCAAAAGAAAGAUGGCCGGCCAUUUAUGUGUCCUCCUGCUCCUAACCAAAAAUGGUUCGAUAUUUACGACCCAAAAGACUUCGAAACUAAUCCUCAGUUGAAAGACGAGGCCAAACAGCAAGGCGCUUAUGAAGCUGAAACUCAAGUUUAUCGUGCGUUUGAGAAACUAAAAGAGAGUAUGCUAGUUCUACAUGGUUUCAGCUACAGUCGUUCCCAACUGAGAAUUUGGCUGAAGAAUCAUCCACAAAAGCAAAGCUCUGAAAAAGUUGGAAAAUGCAAAAAAGAUCCAAAUUCUGACGAGGCAGAGCACGAUUUUGUAGUAAUAGGCCCUGAUUACAUUGUAAUAUUGGAAGUUAAAAGCACGUCGGGACGUUUCGCUGGAACCGCAAAGAAAAACUCUCAAGAGCAGCAAAGAAGGUUUUGGAAACUAAUUGAAGGUAUUUUUGCAACAGCAAAAGUUUCAUUUCCUCACUUUGAUUCCAGCAAUAUAAGAUUAUUUGGUAUCACUGUCUUACCAAACCAAAAGCCGACGCCAUUUGAUAGCGCAGUCGAAACAGGGAAAAGAUACAUGAUCAAAAUUAAAAACAUGACUGACGAAUAUUUCUGUCCCAUUUUAAUGCUGAGUCGGAUUCAAACGAUUUGGUGCGACGAUAGACAACCCCGGUUGUCAAUACCCGAAACAUUUUGCAUCAAUUCUGAAGAUCUGAACAACAAUUUCCAAAAAUGGUGGACGGAAAACAUAAAUCCAGGCAAACGGGAUUAUGUUGCGGAAUGUGAUUCAACCGAGGAGAUUCGAUAUGCUUUAUUAGCUCUUUGGGCAACUGACAAAAAAGGCAAUCUAAACGAGACUUCUUUUAGUCUUACUCAUUGCAUUGAUAGAAUUGACCAACGAAUUAGAACAGGGGAAAUAACACGUUUCAGUCAAAAUACAAAAAAUCCAAACGUAAAAAAUCCGAACGUUGUGAAAACCUCCGAUAUUAAGCUCGCUGAAGUAAACGGGGUUAAUAUUUUCAGUGAUAUCUUGAAAAUUAAAUUUCUGUCUGUAGAACAGAAGAAAGCUUAUGAAUCUGCGAGCUUCCAUCUGCUAAUCCAGGGAUCUGCAGGCUCUGGAAAAACUUCCAUUCUACUUGCACGAAUUAUCCGAGAUUUAGGUUUGAAAACGAUAGAAAAGGCUAUUCUCUUUACAAGAAAAACCGAAUACGUUUCAAUCCAUCGAAAAAUUUUAAACGAAGCUAUACGACAAAAAAUUUUCGCAAAAACUGGUCUUAAAAUUGCCGAAGUUUCUAAAGUCAGUGGGAGUGCGAUUCGAGACAACCAAAUUUUACUUGUUGACAAUUUAAAUUCGUUAUCUUCUAGCAAGGAACACAUUGCCCGUUCAAUCCAUGUUUACGUUGAUGAUAUUCACAGUGAUUACAACUUCGAAGAUCUUGGAUUCAGAAUAAGUUGUGCCGCAGUCGACACACUUCAGUGCAACUUCCUAGUGAAAAUUAGGGAUGGUUCUAAACAACUAAGUAAGUACGGAAUCCGGCAACCUUGAUAACAGGCCUAAAAAUCAGUUUAAUUAAUCACAAACACCUUUACUUACUAAAUCUAGCUAACAAUUACAUUCUAUGGUAUCUACUAAAGAAUCGCCACCUCUAUAAAAAAGCUGUAAACAAGCGCUAAAGCUUUGUAUUGAGAAUUCGAGUUUUGCUGCGUUCUGAUUGGUAGAUAAUUCGACUAACUUCAUCUAAUUAACCUUGAACGCUCCUUUUCUUGAAGGGGGGU